AUGGCACUGAACGUCUCGGCUGUCGCUGUCCCACCAAACACGAGUGGUAUUUUGUCUCCACCUUCCAACUUGCAGUAUAUGUCCCCCACAUCAAUAAAGCCGUUGCCGCUUCCAGUAAACUUAUCAGCUGAUACGGACGGCGGCGUCAAGUAUAACGACUACUCUGUUGCUCAGGUAUUUUUUCAAACGCUUCACUACACGAUGGGCCGAUCGUCUGGUUACACCAAUUUUCAGGACUUAACCGGACUGGCAGAACUGUAUCAAGCCUAUAUGUGCCAAAUGUGUCCACGUUCGGAUGCUCCAUCGUCUGAGAAGAAUGGAACUGACCCAUCAACUUUAUUGCGGCCCAACUUAGUAACCACUCAGGGCAUUUCAGAUACACACACCAGCCUCACUGCUCCCGUGACACUGGUUCCUUCCAUUCCGUUUGGAUCACCUUUUUUUCCGCAUACAGCACACACCGGGCCGGUUGUGGACAAUUUCCUCACACCCUACUUCCCCCAGUCUGUCACCGCUCCAUCGACAACCGUGAAAACCAGUGAAUACGAAAACUGUACAGCCACGGAUAGCCAUACGGGAAAAUUCCCCGAACCGAUCUGGACAGGACUUGAAUACUAUUCUUCAACUCCACCGACUCCAUCUAUGUCUUCCAGUUCUCCUGUUGGACACAACGCUUCGGGCAACACGUAUCCGGUGACAAAGCCACCCUACUCGUACAUUGCGCUAAUCGCCAUGGCAAUCAAGUACGCUCCCGGAAGGAAGAUCACACUCAAUGGUAUCUAUCGAUUUAUCAUGGAGAAUUUCCCAUAUUAUCGUGAUAACCGACAGGGCUGGCAAAAUUCAAUUCGACACAACCUUAGCCUCAACGACUGUUUUGUCAAACUCCCAAGAGACAAGAGUCGCCCGGGCAAGGGUAACUACUGGACCCUGUCAACAAAUGCUGACGAGAUGUUUGAACACGGAAACUACAGACGUCGAAAACGCCGAACCAAAGCCAACCUUUCUCAAAUCUCCAUGACAACCACCAGGAGUAAACCGGGCCUUCCUGACCCGAGAAAACACAGAAGUAGCGAAAGCCCGCUGAAAAGAGCGAAACUCGAGGACAGAAAUGAAGGUCUCAUCCGUUCCAACCCAACAGUCUUCCCACCACUACCUUAUUCAGACACCAUGCGGUUAGCACAUCGCGUGACUUUGAGUCCACCAUUCCAAGGAUGUAUGCUCACCUGUUCAAUGACCGAGCACUCGGCACACAGCAUUCCAUCCCAACACAGCAUAGUUGGCCUGGAUAAUUCCAGUCCCCAGCUGGAAGAGCUACCGCUAGAGUUGACAAGGUCCAGCCAGACUAUCCACCAGUCCAGACCCUCAACAAAGCCUUCCAGCCUCAAGAGUCAUUCGGGAUUCAACAUUGAAGAUCUGAUUGGAUCACCCAAACCGUGAAUAUUUGGACACUGUUGGAUCUCAACACAAAGGAACUGUGAUCUGUACUAUAAACCAACCCUCCCCCCACGUCCCUGCAGUUUAUUGGUCUUUCUGGCAAUCUGCCUCACCCACCCGUCCUGUUUUUCCUAGCUGUACCAACAGAAUUUCCCACAUGUUUUUUGGCUCCUUUUGAACAGACUUGUGACUCUCAGCAAAAAAGAGGUGAAAUGUUUACACUAUAAAACAAGUAUAAAAAACGAUCAAG